AACCUAACCAAUCUCCAUUCACAAAAAACCCUAAGACACCCCAUGCAUCUUCUUCAAGAAAAAGUGUUUAGAAACCCAAAACCAUUGUAAAAGAGAAGACAAGAACUCAUUGCCUUGUUCAACUACUAGUUCAAGAAAAGAGUCGAUACCGCGAACCCUAAUUCACAUAUGACGACUAAGCGAGCCCGUGUGUUCCGGUCGUCGAGCACCGGAGGAUUCGGGCUGCUCAACCAGCUCGUCAGGUCUCCAGAAAUUAUUCCGUUGGAGAAGAAACGCGCCACCGUGGUUGCUUCUCCGGUUAUCCUUCCGAAACCGGUCCAGAAACCGGUAGUGAAUGUGGGCUCGAAGGCGGCCGCGGUGGCGGUAAGAGUAUUACCGGAACACCCUCGAAGGAGUAUCUUCACAGUGGGAUCGGCCGCGGAAAAGGAGAAGGAUGAAAAGAAAGAGGAUAAGCGGCGAUGGGAGCUUCCUUUGAGUUGUUUCCAUUGCAAGAAGGAAAUUGGAGAGAACAAGGACGUGUUCAUGUAUGGGUACCUAAGAGCGUUUUGCUCCACAAAAUGCCGAGAAAUACAGAUUGAAUUGGAAGACAGAGACAGAGAACCUUCCCCUGGACCAAGAAACAGAUAUCGAGCACCGGCUGCCGUUGCUGCUGCGACUCAGGCGAGACAAGAACCCGCGAAGCAAGUUGUUCGAUCUCCAGUCAAGAAAUAUACCAUAGCCAAAUUCAACUAGCUAGUCCCAUCGAAAUGAUUGUUCAUAUGUUGAAUGCAGAGGUGCCCUACAGCUGAAAAA